AUGAGCUGGGCAUUGGAAGAAUGGAAGGAAGGUCUCCCUACCAGAGCUCUUCAAAAGAUUCAAGAUCUUGAAGGACAGCUGGACAAACUGAAGAAGGAGAAACAGCAGAGGCAGUUUCAGCUGGACUCUCUUGAAGCUGCGCUGCAGAAGCAGAAGCAGAAGGUUGAAGAUGGAAAGACUGAGGGUGCAGACCUGAAAAGGGAAAAUCAAAGAUUGAUGGAGAUAUGUGAAAAUUUGGAGAAAACAAGGCAGAAGCUUUCUCAUGAACUUCAAGUUAAGGAGUCACAAGUGAAUUUCCAAGAAAGUCAACUGAGCUCAUGCAAAAAGCAAAUAGAAAAACUGGAACAGGAACUUAAGCGGUGUAAAUCUGAACUUGAAAGAAGCCAACAAGUUGCACAGUCAGCAGAUGUUUCCCUGAAUCCAUGCAGUACGCCGCAGAAACUUUUUAUAACUCCACUCACACCGAGUCAGUAUUCGGGUUCUACAUAUGAAGAUCUAAAAGAAAAAUAUAACAAAGAAGUUGAAGAACGAAAAAGAUUAGAGGCAGAGGUUAAAGCUUUGCAUGCUAAAAAAACAACCCUGCCUGUUUCCCAAGCCACCAUGAAUCACCGGGACAUCGCAAGACAUCAGGCUUCCUCCUCAGUAUUUUCUUGGCAACAGGAAAAAACCCCAAGUCGCCUUUCAUCUUGUUCUCUGAAAACCCCACUAAGGAGAGAUGUCUCUGCUGCUCACAUUUUGGGGGAAGAAGUGACUCCUAACAAAUCAAGUGUGCAGACAGGGCGAGGAGACUGCAACAGCAGCGUCCCUGGUGAUCCUCAGAGCUCUCAGCUUUUGCACCAGGCCAAAGCCCAGAAUCAAGACCUAAAAAGCAAGAUGAAUGAGUUAGAGCUACGCCUGCAAGGGCAAGAAAAGGAAAUGAAAGACCAAGUAAAUAAAUUUCAAGAGUUAAAGCUACAACUGGAGAAAACGAAAGUGGAAUUAAUUGAAAAAGAGAAAAUUUUGAAUAAGACCAGAGAUGAAGUAGUGAGAGCCACAGCACAGUAUGACCAAGCAGCAACCAAGUGUACUACCUUGGAACAGAAGCUGAAAAAUUUGACUGAGGAGUUGAGUUGUCAUCGACAGAAUGCAGAGAGUGCUAAACGUUCUCUGGAACAGAGAAUUAAGGAGAAAGAAAAGGAGCUUCAAGAGGAGCUGUCCCGACAGCAUCAGUCUUUCCAAGCUCUGGACCAUGAGUACACUCAGAUGAAAACCAGGCUUACCCAGGAGUUACAACAAGCAAAGCAUUUGCUCAGCGUGCGCCAGCUAGAACUGGAGAAGAUCACAUCAACGAAGCAGCAGCUAGAAAGGAGUUUGGAAGAGUCUAGGCACAAGUUCAGCAGAGCAGAACAGGCUCUUCAGGCAAGUCAGAUCACAGAGAACGAGCUGAGGAGAAGCAGUGAGGAAAUGAAGAAGGAAAACAGUCUCAUUAGGAGUCAGUCUGAGCAAAGGACCAAAGAAAUCUGCCACCUGGAGGAAGAACUUGGUAAAGUCAAAGUGUGUUUGAGUCAGAGCCAUAAUUUUGCAGAAGAAAUGAGAGCUAAGAAUGCCUCUCAGGAGAUCAUGUUACAAGAUCUUCAGGAAAAACUAAAUCAGCAAGAAAACUCACUGACUUUAGAGAAACUGAAAUGCGCCUUAGCUGACCUGGAAGGACAACGAGACUGUUCUCAACAUCUCUUGAAGGAAAGGGAGCAUCACAUUGAACAACUGAACAAUAAGUUAAAUAAGAUAGAGAAGGAGUUUGAAACUUUGCUGAGUGCUUUGGAAUUAAAAAAGAAAGAAUGUGAAGAAUUGAAAGAGGAGAAAAAUCAAAUUUCUUGUUGGAAAAGUGAAAAUGAAAAACUCAUAGAUCAGAUAGAAUCAGAGAAAGAAAUCUUACUAGGUAAAAUCAACCACUUAGAAGCCAGCCUCAAGACACAACAAAUAAGUCAUGACUAUAAUGAGAGAGUAAAAACACUAGAGAUGGAAAGAGAAAACCUUACUGUGGAGAUUAGAAACCUCCAUAGUAUGUUAGACAGCAAGAUGCUGGAAAUCGAGACACAGAAACAAGCCUACUUGGAACUGCAACAGAAAUCUGAAUCCUCAGACCAGAAGCAUCAGAAGGAAAUAGAGAAUAUGUGCUUGAAAGCUAAUAAGCUCACUGAACAAGUUGAAAGUUUGGAAUGUAAGCUUCAGUUACUGUCAAGUGAAGUCGUGACCAAAGACCAGCAGUACCAAGACUUGCAUGUGGAAUAUGAGACACUGAGGGAUUUGCUCAAGUCCAAAGGAUCUCUGGUGACAAAUGAGGAUAAUCAUAGAAGCUCUUUGGCUUUUGAACAGCAGCCUGCAGUGAGUGAUUCCUUUGUAAAUCUAAUGGGGGAAAAAGGAAACAUACAUUCAGAAAGGAGUGACUGCUCUGUAGAUGGGGGUCGAAGGUCAGAAAACGUAGCUGUAUUACAAAAUAGAGUCACUUCACUUGAAAGUUCCUUGGAGUCUCAGAACCAGAUGAACUCAGAUUUGCAAAAGCGAUGUGAAGAGUUGCUACAAAUCAAAGGGGAAAUAGAAGAAAACCUCAUUAAAGCAGAGCAGAUUCAUCAGAAUUUUGUGGUUGAAACAAAUCAACGUAUUGGUAAAUUGCAGGAAGAUGCUGCAGUUCAUCAGAAUAUUGUUGAUGAAACUUUAUUAACCCUUGAGGGUAAGGAAAAAGAGUUACAGCUUUUGAAAGAAAAAUUAGAAGCCCAGCAAACAGAAGUUCAAAAGUUAAAGAAGAAUAACUGUUUUCUUGAAGGUGCUCUGAAGGAGCUACAGCUUUUAUCUGACACACUGAGUUCAGAGAAGAAGGAAAUGAAUUCUAUCAUCUCAUUAAGUAAAGAAAACAUUGAAGAGUUAACCCAAGCAAACGGGGCUCUCAAGGAAGUUAAUGAGGCUUUACGGCAGGAGAAAAUGAAUUUACUCCAAAAGCAUGAGAAGAUUACAAGUUGUAUAGCAGAACGAGAGAGAAGCCUUGCAGAAUUGUCUGGUCAAUACAAGCAAGAAAGACUUCUGUUAAUACACCGGUGUGAAGAAACAGAAACUGUUUUGGAAGAUCUCAGGGGAAACUAUAAAACAGCACAAGAAAACAAUGCUAAGUUAGAAUGCAUGCUCAGCGAGUGCACUGCUCUUUGUGAGAAUAGAAAAAAUGAACUAGAGCAGCUAAAGCAAACAUUUGCAAAGGAACAGCAAGAAUUCUUAACAAAAUUAGCUUUUACUGAAGAGCAAAACAGGAAAUUAAUGCUAGAGUUGGAGAUAGAGCAACAAACUGUGAGAUCUGAGAUUACAAACACCGAAAAGCAUUCCAUGAGAGAGACUGAUGGCUUAAGGGAAGAAAGUUUGACUUUAAAGGAAGAGCAAAAUGAGAAGCAAAAGGAAAUUAGCAACUUAACACAUGAGAACGAACAACUGAUGGAGUUAACACAGACCAAACAUGAUUGCUGUCAUCUUGAAGUAGAGCCAGUUGAGAACUCUGUAAAAGCAACAGAAGAUGAGAUAAGUAAGAGUAGUUCCCAGUAUCAGAUGGAUAUUGACACUAAAGACAUUUCCCUAGACAAUUAUAAGGCACAGUUGGUACAACUAGAAGCAUUGAUAAGAAUUAUGGAAGUAAAGCUUGACCAAAGUGAGGAGAAGAACAACCUGCAUCGAGAAUUACAGACAAUUAGAGAAGAGCUAGAAACCAAGAGUUCACAGGGCACUCAGUCACAGGCAAGGAUUGGUCUUAAAGACUGUGAAAUAGAAGCAGAAGAAAAGUAUGUGUCAAUGCUCCAGGAGUUGUCAGCAAGUCAAAAUGAGAAUGCGCACUUACAGUGCUCUCUACAGACAGCAAUGAACAAACUGAAUGAGCUAGGGGAAAUGUGUGAAGUCCUGAGAGUUGAAAAGUUACGACUAGAGUCUGAGCUGAAUGACUCACGAUCAGAGUGUAUCACAGCAACUAGUCAAAUGGCGGCAGAGGUCCAGAAGCUAGUGGACGAAAUGAAAAUGCUAAACUAUGAGAGUGUUCUGUCUCAAAGUGAGCUGAUGAAGGACACUUCAGAUGUUGAGUUUCAUGAUAAACCAAACCACACAACUAUGUUCUUGACUCCUUUGGAUAGUAGCAAUUUCUGUGAACAACUGACUUUGUCAGACAAAGAGGUCCGAGUGCACUUUGCUGAAUUACAGGAGAAAUUCUCCUGUUUACAAAGUGAACACAAAAUUUUACAUGAUCAGCACUGUGAGGUGAGCUCUAAGAUGUCAGCACUGCGUUCCUAUGUUGACACAUUAAAAGCUGAAAAUUCUGUCUUGUCAGUGAAUCUGAGAACCUUGCAGGGUGACUUGGUAAAGGAGAAAGAGCCUGGAGCUGAGGAUGGGCAUAUUCUGCCACUGUCAUUCUGUGGGACAGACAGCCCUUCUCUGACAAAUUUUGGAGAAACUUCCUUUUACAAAGAUGUUUUAGAAGAAACUGGAGACACAUCUCAUCUAAGUUUAGAAGGGAAUGCUUCAGCAAAUUCUUGUGAAGUGUCUUAUAGCAAUCUGGAGGAGGAGAAUCUGACUGAGAAAGAAACUGCACCUGUCUCAGUGAGGAGUGUUGAAGAACUUGAAGUCCUGUGUCAGGUGUACUUGCACUCCCUCAAGAAUCUAGAAGAGAAAAUUGAGAGUCAAAGAAUUACGAAAAAUAAAGAAAUUGAAGAGCUUGAGCAGUUACUGAGUUCUGAGCAGAAAGAGCUGAGCUGCCUUAGGAAGCAGUAUUUGUCAGAAAAGGAGCAAUGGCAGCAGGAGCUAACAAGUGUCACUUUGGAAAUGGAGUCCAAGUUAGCAGAAGAGAAGCAGCAGACCAAGAAUCUGUCCCUUGAACUUGAGGUAGCACGACUUCAGUUGCAGGAGCUGGACUUAAGCUCAAGGUCUUUGCUUGGCACUGACUUGGAAAGAGCUGUUCGGGGCCAAAAUGAUAGUUAUAAUAUAAAAGAAUCAGAAGUGUAUAUUUCAGAGACUACAGAGAAAACACCAAAGCAGGACACUGAUUGGACUUGUGAUAAAGAUGUUCAGCAGGACCUUUGUUUGGAAACUUCAAUCACUAAGACUGAGACCACCAGGCUCACAGGAGAGGGUUGUGAAGAGCAGCCCCCAGAGACCAAUUGUGAGGUACCAGCAGAGGACAAAACCCAAGACUAUUCAGAAUGCAUUUCUGAAUUGUUUUCUGGUCCCAGUGUUUUGGUACCCAUGGAUGUUCUGGAAGAUCAGGGGUCUAUCGAGAAUUUCCAUUUGCAGAAAGACACCUCAAAGGAGAAUUUGAGAUUAUCUCCUGAAGUCGAGGACUGGGACAAAAAAGUUGAAAGUUUGCUAAAUGAAAUUAAGGAGGCAGAUUCCAAACUCAGUUUACAGGAAGUACAGCUAAAAAUUAAGAUUGCAACAUGCAUACAUUUGGAAAAAAUAGUCAAGGACCUCAAGAAGGAAAAAACUGACUUAACUGAAAAAUUGGAAUCCCUUCCAUGUAACCAGGAAGUGUGUUCGAGAGUAGAAAGCUCAGAAGAUCUUGGUUUUAACUUAGAUAUUGGAGCAAAUGACUUGUUAAAUGAAUCUACUAAAGCUAAUGCAUCCAACACAGAAGACAAUUAUAAGGAGAAGUUUCUUGAUAUGGAAAGAGAGCUGACCAGGAUUAAGUCUGAGAAAGCUAAUGUUGAGCAUCGCGUCGUGUCUGUGGAAGCUAACUUAGAGGGGGUUCAGGCAGAGAAGCUCUGUUUAGAAAGAGACACUGAAAGGAAGCAGAAGGUUAUUGUUGACCUUAAAGAAGAACUAUUUACAGUUAUAAGCGAGAGAAACAGACUUCGUGAAGAAUUAGACAAUGUGUCAAAAGAAAGCAGAGCACUGGAUCAGAUGUCUAAAACGAUGAAAGAGAAAAUAGAAGAGCUGGAGUCUUACCAAAGAGAGAGCCUCCAUCACAUUGGGGCAGUAGAGUCUGAGGUCAAGGACAAAACAGAUCUCAUUCAGACUCUGUCCUUUAAUGUGGGUGAGCUAACAAAAGACAAAGCUGCUCUCCAGGAGCAGCUGCAGAAUUUGCAGAACGACUCACAGGGAUUAUCUUUGGCGAUUGGUGAGCUGGAGAUCCAAAUUGGACAACUGAAUAAAGAGAAAGAAUCGCUGGUCAAAGAGUCUCAGAACCUCCAGGCCAAGCUGACUGAGUCGGAAUGUGAAAAGCAGACGAUCUCUAAGGCCUUGGAGGUGGCACUCAAGGAGAAAGGUGAGUUUGCAGUGCAGCUGAGCUCAACCAGGGAGGAGGUGCAUCAGCUGAGACGAGGCAUGGAAAAACUGAGUGUCCGAAUUGAGGCAGAUGAAAAGAAGCACCUCAGUGCUGUGGCGAAACUGAAAGAAAGCCAGCGUGAGAGUGACUCAUUGAAGGAUAAAGUGGAAAAUCUGGAGAGGGAAUUGGAGAUGUCAGAAGAAAACCAAGAGCUGGCAAUUGUUGAUUCUGAGAAUUUGAAAGCAGAGGUGGAGACCCUCAAGGCACAAAUGGAUGAAAUGGCCAGAAGCCUGAGAGUUCUCGAAUUAGACCUUGUCACAGUUAGGUCUGAAAGAGAACAGGUAGCAAAGCAGUUACAAGAGAAGCAAAGUCGAGUGUCAGAAUUAGAUGAACUGUGUUCUUCCUUGAGAAGUCUGUUGGAAGAAAAGGAGCAAGCAAGAGUACAGAUGGAAGAAGACUCUAAUUCUGCAAUGCUGAUGCUUCAGACACAGUUAAAAGAGCUCAGGGAAGAAGUGGCAGCCUUGUGUAAUGACCAAGAAACCUUGAAGGCCCAAGAACAGAGUCUAGACCAACCAGAGGAAGAAGUGCAUCACUUGAAAAGUAGCAUUCAAAAGCUAAAAGUUCACAUAGAUACUGAUGAAAAAAAGCAGCGCCACAUCCUAGAACAACUGAAGGAAAGUAAGCAUCAUGCAGACUUGCUUAAGGACAGAGUUGAGAAACUUGAACAAGAAUUGGUGCUUUCAGAGAAAAACAAAGAGCACAUGAUUUUCCAAGCUGAGAAUUCUAAAGCAGAGAUACAGAGUUUAAAAUCAGAAGUUCAAAGAAUGGCCCAAAACCUCCAAGACUUGGAGUUAGAACUUAUUAGUACAAGGUCAGAAAAUGAAAAUCUCCUGAAAGAAUUGAAAAAAGAGCAAGAGCAAGUAUCUAAAUUAGAAACAAUAAAUUCUUCUAUUGAAAACUUACUGAAAGAUAAAGAGCAAGAAAAAGUACAGAUGAAAGAGGAAGCAAAAAUAACAGUGGAGAUGCUUCAAACUCAAUUAAAGGAGCUAAACGAGACCGUGGUUUCCUUGUGCAAUGACCAAGAGGCCUAUAAGACCAAAGAACAGAAUCUGGGUAGUCAGGUACAAACUCUUGAACUUGAGAAGGCUCAGCUGCUACAGGACCUUGGUGAGGCCAAGAAUAAAUAUAUUAUUUUUCAGUCAUCUGUAAAUGCCCUCACUCAAGAAGUAGAAGUUGGCAAACGGAAACUAGAGAAGGAGGAGGAAGAGGUCAGGACACUGAAAGAACAACUUCAAGGCCGAGAGCAGCUUGUGUGUAAACUUGCCCAGGUGGAAGGAGAGCAGCAACUCUGGCAGAAGCAGAGGCUAGAGCUGAGAAAUCUGACUAUGGAGCUGGAGCAGAAGGUCCAAGUGCUGCAAUCUAAAAAUGACACGUUGCAGACUACCUAUGAAGCACUGCAGAAUUCCCACAAGAGUUUAGAAAGUGAACUUGGAUUGAUAAAGAUGGAGAAAAUAGCACUUGUUGAAAGAGUUAACACAAUGACUGGGAAGGAAGCAGAGCUACAGAGGGAGCUGCAUGAUAUGGCACAGAGAACAACACAGCUGAAAGAAGAGUACAAUAAAGAGAAGCACGGGCUAACGGAAGAAUUAAAGGUGCUGGUGGAAGAACUAAAGAACACCAAAGUAGCACACCUUAAAUAUGUGAAUCCGCUUGAGAAGGAGUUUCAACGUGCUCAGGGGAAAAUAAAGUUGUUGCUCAAAUCCUGUAAACAGCUGGAAGGAGAAAAGAAAAUGCUGCAGAAAGAGCUUGAAGCUGCACAGAAGCAGAGAGCAGGUUCUCUUGUGGAUUGUAAUGUAGAUGACUUAAUGACUGAGAACAAAGAGCUGAAAGAGACUCUGGAAGAAAAAAUCAAGGAAGCUGAUAAGUACUUGGAUAAGUACUGUUCCCUGCUUAUAAGCCAUGAGGAGCUGGAGAAAACCAAGGAGAUAUUAGAAAUACAAGUUGCUCGGCUGAAUUCACGGCAGUCCAAACAGGAUCUCCAGAGUUCUCCCUUGCUUAAUUCUUUGGUUCCAGGAUUGUCUCCAAAUACUUCUGUCAGUGAGAAGAAGCCAACAUCUGGCCAAAAUAAAGCUUCAGGCAAGAGGCAAAGAUCCAGUGGAAUUUGGGAGGAUGGUAAUGGGGCAGCACCUUCUACACCAGAGACAUUUUCUAAGAAAAGCAGGAAAUCGGUCAGCAGUAGUGCUCACUCUGCUGAGGAUGAGGAGGAGACUGAGUUUGAGCCAGAAGGACUCCCAGAAGUUGUUAAAAAAGGGUUUGCUGACAUCCCUACUGGAAAGACAAGCCCAUAUAUCCUUCGGAGAACAACCAUGGCAACCAGAACAAGCCCCCGCCUUGCUGCACAAAAGUUAGUGGGAUCUUCCCCAACUCUGGGCAAAGAAAAUAUUGUAGAGUCCUCCAAACCAACAGCUGGUGGCAGCAGAUCACAAAAGGUCAAGGUUGUUCAGGAGAGCUCCGUGGAUUCACAAACUGCCUUCCAAGAAUUCUCAGCAAAAUCUCUCACAACCAGUAAUAUUCCUGGAAGAAACUCUACAGAGAACCCCAGGGAGGGCCUGCGGGCCAAGAGGGCCUACCCUGCCUCCAGCCCAGCUGCUGGGCCUGACCCCAUGAACAAUGAAAACUGUCGGGUCCAGUGAGAUGUCCACUCAGGGUUCUGGAAGGUGGCAGUACUCAAAAGAGCCUGCCCGUGGGGACUUGUCUUGAGCCAAGGACAUGUUAUCUAUCACUAGAGAAUACCUGACUCGCUAUGUUGUUGUGUGUGGCGUUCAGGUCUCCUGUAUGUAAGACUGCAAACGUUUGAAAGCACCUAUUACCCAGUAGUCCUUCUUCUUAGCCCAGAGUGUAAAUAGUAGUCAGCAGAGCUUGAGAGUUAGCUGCAGUUAAUGGAGAUCACCAUAACGGUGUGUGUGUGUGGAUUUCACACACACACAGGCAGUGCUGCAGUGACCUGAUGAGGAACUUCCUGUGUAGACUGUUAGGCGUCACAUCGUUGUAGAACAAGGAUUGGAGCUGAUUUAAGUGUGCGUGUGGUAUGGUCCUCCUCUCAGUGUUUCAUAACUUCUGCUCAUACAGCCUGUGCAUACGGUGUGGGUGAGAUUGCAGUGUACUUCCUCCUGGUUACUCUGAGUGCUGCAGGCACCUUGGUGGUGGAUCAUGUUUACUGUCGCUGUUUUCCUGCUAAAGUCAUCAUAGUUCUUUUGGUAUAUAUUUCUGUGUCUGUUGAUAUAUUAAAGCAUGUUCUCUUAAACUUUUUUGGAAAAGUUAUUUCCUAAAUAUAAAAACAUGGCUAGUACCACUAUGUCUUAACUAAAACCACCUCCCAUAAAAGCAAAAAUGUUUGAAUCAGUAAUACAUAUCUUUGAAUAUGUGAUACUAGUACACUUACUGAACAUGAGACAUAUUAUAGACUGUUGGUCAUAUAGAUGGUUUGAGGAUAUGGAUGUAUUAAACUGAUAUCUUGUGCUCAUUACAUAUCAUUAGCAAAGGUACAAUAAUGAAAUGUUCCCAUCUGUCUGUUGAUAAUAGGGCUUGAAAAGAUGAAGGCUAGGUGACUCAGU